AUGGCUGCCGUACCACCGGAAGGUAAUGUGCCAGGUGCGGGGGCUGUAAUUGUAGACGUGAAUGUGGAUGUGGACGUGGACACAGAUAGCUCUAGCGGAGGGGGUUGGCAAGAUGUAGGCAUAAGUACUUUAACAGGACAAUCAGACGCCAUGGCAGUUAGGGUGUUGCGCGCAUUUCGUGCGAACACAAUCCGUCAAAAUAAAUGGCAGAAAGACAAUCCACACAACUUGACAGGAGAUAAUAUAGAAGUUGACGCGUGCAUUGCCAGUGGAUCAUUCGGACUUGUUUUCCGCGCCGAGAACAAAGAUACCCGUAGUGAGGGACAGCCCGGGAUCAAAUAUGCUAUUAAGAUUUCCAAACUUCGAUUAGAGUCGGAGGCUAACCUUGACUACAACAUGGGCUCAGAUCGCAGUCCCACUCUUACACGAACCAGUGAAGCUUCUGUUGUUGAUCCGAAGCAAAUGAAAGCAUUGAGCUUAACCUCCAAACGUGGAAGGGAGAUAACAACAUUCCUUCAAUAUAUCAAAUCAGGACACCCUAAUGUCAUGAACAUGGCUGGUUGGGCUGAAUUUGACGUCUUGGGAAAUCCUUUUUCUUUGAUUGUUCUGGAGAUUUGCGAUCUUGGCACUCUUUCCGACAUGUGGCACACUUUCGAACAGUUGUUUAGCGGCCUUGCAUUUCUCCAUGGCGAGCAUCCCCAGUACAUAACAAAACCAGAAUUUGCGGGACGUUUAGAAACAACUGUCGCUCGUGAUAUUAAAUCAAAUAAUGUCUUCAUAAAAUCACUUCCUGCAAAUGCUCCCCCGAAUACAUAUCCGACUGUCAAAUUGGGAGAUUUUGGCGAGUCCCUACAUCUACCCAGACAUGGUACUCGCGAUCAUAAUUACGGAAAUAGUACCUGUGAUCCACCAGACACCAAGAUGAGUGCAAAGUAUGAUGUGUGGUCCGUAGGCGCCAUGAUAUAUAUGGCGGCUAGGAGGGGACGUUAUCCAAACAAAGGGUGCACCCUGGUAGACUCAUCUGGAAAGAUCAUUAAGUUUCAUCGCGCAAACCCAGAACAAAGAGAACUCCUACUUGCUGCACGAAGUCAAGAGUCGAGGUUUGAGCCUAUAAAUGAGCAUUUGACUUUACGGUUAGAAACCGAGAUUAGAUGGGCCAUGACACUUAACCGAACCGAUCGACCAACUGCUGUAGAAGUAUAUCUCAAGGUACAGAAGCUCAACGACGAGAGGAAGAGAUUCAUGUAUAGGGAAUUGCCAGAUUGGGCCCCAAAAUUGCGAUUGCAGAGAGAAUACAAACCCCUUGAAUUGGUAAAGAUGGACUGGAUGAUUGAAGACGCGGAGGAGAGAGACUUUCUAUUUGAGUAUUCAGGAGGACUUAUGGUGCGGAGGACAGAGAGAGAGAGGAAUAGGGUACGGAGAAGUAUUGCUGAGCACCACGCGAUGGUUCAGAAAAGGAAAAAUGAGAAACAACGCGAAGCUGAUUUGAGAGCUGGUGUACGCGACCACGCGGAGCUAGAUCGGGCAAGGAGAAGGGUGGUUGAGCAAGAGGAAAUUGGCAAGGUUAACAACGAGAGGAAGGAAUAUGGGGGUUGGUUGAGAUCUGGGUAUAAGAGGAGAAAAUUAGAAUAUCAUAGAGGUAGGGCGCAUUGGGUUGAUUGA